AUGGCGCAUUUCCUCGGCCUUUGGAGCGCAUUGACUCAAUGGCUGGAUGAAGUUGGCGACGAUCUUAUGCCUGCCCUCAAUGCGAGUCCGCUGGUUGAAAAUACCAACGUCCCGGACACAGCUGGAUAUGUGAAUGUUGAGCACGACCACCCUGCGACCACUUACCUGCCCAUAACACCAACGCGAAGCGCUCCUCUGACGAGGUUGGAUUCUGCAAUCUGUCUCCCGGACAAAUGUAAGAGCUCAUCCAAAGGCAGAGACGACGACUGCAUCAAAGCGGACGGUGCACCUCGAGGUCCGUUGGCCUCCGACCUCCUUGCGUGUCUCGCUGGGGGCAAUCUCAAUGACUCGUUCCUGCAGGCGGGUCACCGCGGUUCCACCACGAUACUCUCUACCCAGGUCACUGUGCUGUUGGCUGCAGUUCCAGAUGGAUCAAAUCCAGUUGCGCUUCUUCAGGAAAGUGCUCAGGGUCUCACUGUUGAGCAAACGAUGCAGAGGUCCUCAUAGGUUGAGGAACAUUCGCCAACCGUGGAACCUCAAAACGCACACUCAUCGGGCCAUAAUUUCGACGAAGAGACUACAUUGUCGCCCGACGGUGCUCUGAACCAGUAUAUGAAAUGCCAACCAGCUUCUGCGCCUCCUCCAGACUUGCAUCCAGAAAGCACUCCAACUGAGCGACAUGAGGUACGAUCCCGACCGCAUCCCUCACGUCUAAGCCUCCAGUCGGCAGGCGAGCCUUGUAUUUUGUUCCGCAAUGUCUCAGACAAUUGCUGACAUUCCUACUUCUCUAUGGCAGGAUACAUGGAAUCGCGAAUUCGACAAUGCUCUGACAGAAGCCUAUAACGCUCUGUGUAUCUUUCCUACUUUCCAACACAGUCCACAGACGCCAGUCUCACGGCAAAUUCGCACUUUAUUGGAUCGAAUACCUCGAGGAUACCGCCGCGAGUGGUUGAGGCAACUGUUCGACAUUGGAUUGCGCAGCCACGUUCUCGAAAUUGCGUGUGAUCCGGAGUCGUUCGAACAGAGAGAGGACAGCGACCUGGCAGUGACAUCCAGUGAGCAAGAACUCGAUGGUGGGCCUGCUGACUAUGGAUUCACGGGAGCGAUAGCGCCACUCAGAGAAACCAACAUCGGCGCACUUAUGAAGGAGACAUCUGUGCCGUUCGGAUAUGGAGAAGUGAAAGAAGUUCGCUCUUCAUCAUCCUCCUCUUCGAGAGUGGCAAAGCGGGACCAUCGUGAGGAGCCAGGCGCCCUUUCCUUACUUUCCGAAGCCGCGAGGCCGACAUUUCCCAGUAGGACAAGUACAUCACUCGAUCCAUUUCUGUCAACAGCCAUAGUCGGAUUAAUGCGUAUGAUCCGUGCAGAAUCUCGGUUUAACGAGCGACUGCGGCGAGGAAGGCUUAGUCCGUCUGUUACCGUGAAAGGAGGCAACGAGGUGGAGGCGCGGGCUGAGCACCUCGGAAAUAUUGUCGAACAGGAUAUCGAAGAGGAUACCGAAGAGGGAUUAGGAGCGCACGGAAAUGAACAGCUUGGUUGUAGGCCGUGGGACUCCAUGGACAAUUCGCCGAAAGAUGGUGGCGUGCCGGUGUCGCCGUACUCGAGUACUUCGAGCAGGAAUCAGAGCAGGAGCAGCUCCAAUGACUCCGUUCAUUCGGCUUCGUCAACUUCGACCAGGUCUUCAUUAUCUGCCACUUCCACGAGCUCCGCCUCCUCCGGCAAAGAUCACGAAGGACCUAGUGCAUUCGGUCUCGACGGAGCCUCCAGGUACUGGACGCCUCGCAGUAUCAAAUCGACUGCGAGCGUAGGUCUGGAUCCCGAAAAAGUGUUUAAGGGAGGGAGUCUGAAGGGGUUCCACGAUCUCAAGGUAAGCAUAUUGCAGUCGAGUCUAUAAAACUGCAAUCUUUGAUUCCUGACGCCGUAUGCUUUGGCAGAACUCUCUUAGGAUGACUCCGAUUGCCAAAUCCGGAGAGACAGCAGCGCAAGCGAUUCAACGAGUGUCGCAGCUAAAGGCCCCCGUGCGGCCAAAGCCGGCAGAAUUGGCUGGUGCAAAGUCUGGGCCGGAACUUGCUGUCGCACGCGGCUUCGGGUCAACCUCGGCACGUGCAAGCCAAACAAACCACAUUGAGGCUGGUAGCCACCAAAGGCAGGAGAAAUUCACCAACACCAACAGGUCGAAUGACAGCGUAUUGCUUCCUCCGCAGCCACAAUCUGUGCAGGCGGGCAGUCAGAGCAUAAAGGAUCCCAUUGCCAUCGGAGAAGAGGAAGAGCUUUGUAAUUCUCACCCAGCAAUAUAAGUUCAUUCGGUCGCCCAUGGCGACCCUAUGACAUCACAAAACCUCACAUAGGCAACAGCUGUAGUAGAUGCAGACAUUCUCAGCUUUCACGAACCCUUUUCAACCUUAACCACCACGGGCUUUUGCUAACACACUCCUUCUAACAAGUUGUCCGAGCUGCGCAGCCGCACAGUCCGAUGGAUCCGCCACGCAAGGACUCUGGCUCGCAGCAUGUGCGGUCGUCGCAUCAAGGAGUUGAGCGCGACGAGGAGUCGUCCGACACGGAGAUCAUUGGGUCGAACCCUGCCAUGGCCAAAGUUGACGCGCUGCUGCGGAAGAUGAAUGCCAAGACAAAUGCCAAAGUGGAUGCCAAAUUGGAUGCCAUGAAGAAUCUGAACCCAGUCAAACUGAAUGCUACCAAGGCCAGACUUGCGAAACGCGCUGCCAAAGCCUCUGCCAGGACCAAUAGCAACACCAAAACCAGGCCCAAACACACUGCCGACGCCGAUGCCGGCAAGGAGAAAGUCCAGCAACGGCUGGAUCAAGAGGUAGUAUACCCAGCAAGAGCGCAGCUGACCAACACAAAUAGUCCAACCAAGAAGAACAAGGGCCUACCACCGUUGCCAAAGCAAACUCGAGCCACGCUCCAAUUAGGCCGCGCUGCACUAGGCGGCGGCGAAGACGCGGAAGAGAUGAGCGACAACUCUUUCAUCCAGAACUACGCCGCCAACAUCAACAACGCGGGGAACUGUGGCCUUCUGUGGGAUGGAGCUUUCUCUAUCCAAGUCCCUGAGGGGCCACAGCGGCCAAUGUCCACCAUGGGCAUGUCGGAGUUCGAUAGGAUCCUUGACGACAUGCAGAACGAUAAGCACUACAAUGGUAUGCUCUCUACAUGCAGAUCGCAGCUUGCGCUAACUCAGAAAUCAAUGCAGUCUCUCCGAUGACUGAUUACAAUCGCCACAGAGACCAAGCUAUGAUGCGCGAAAUGCUCGGCACCAGCGAGGAUCGUGAAAACAAGUUCAAGAGACAGGUGGAACAAGACGGAGGAUAUCUUGUGCGUGCACCCGGCGGAGGACUGACCCGACUUACUGAGGAAGCCCAGGGAAUGGGAAUGGGAAUGGGUGGACUCGCGAUGCCGCAGAGUCCGCAGCGCCAAGCCCAGGAAGGUUAGUCAUCCUUGUGACAGUCGUGCCUCAGGCAUAGACGCACGGAUCCGGAUUUAGAGUUGCGGGGACCGGCGCUAACACGUUUGGAUUUCAGAACGCGCGAAACAAGAGCGAUUCGAGGCAGGACUGAAGCAGCGCGCCGACGCCUGUCCACGCCUUCACGCUCGCACCUAUCAAACCGGGCAAGCGGGCCCGUCGUCGUCAUUGUCCAAGGUCGACUGGACCGUUCCAUCCUGGAAGCAGUUUGGAAAGCGCAGCGAUUCGACUUCGACUUCCAAGACUGAGUUCGGCCCUGGUGAGGAUUCUCGCCAGCAACGUCGCCAGCUUGAUCAAACGGUCCACACUCAGGCGCAGGCUAAGGCCCAUACCCAGGCUCAGACUCAGACGCAGAGCGGUCAGGCUGUUCAGUACUACCAACCACCUGCUGCGCUAUCCCCGCCUGGACAGUAUCAACAGCUGCAGUACCCAGCUGCGCAUUACCAGCUGCCACAACAGUACCAGCAGCCGCCGUACCCGUCUGUUCUGUUCCCGCAACCUCAGCAGUACCCGCAGUACCAGUCCGCGCAGCUCCAGCACCAAUACCCAAUCGCUCCUCAGUUGCCAGGCCCAUCGUCCACCAGCCAGCUUUCGUUUGAUUCGCAGACGGCAAGUCGCGCUCGCGGUCUAGGGAUCAGUUGCGACCCAGACCUCGCAUUGGACGGCAACGAGUCCGCGAUCGAGAAAGACGACAGCGGCGCUUCCGGCGAAGUCGAGUCUACUUUUGGACAACUGCAUCCACGCUACCCUUCGCAGUGA